AUGCAGCUCCUUACCCUCCUCACCACCCUCUUUCUUACCGCUACCACGGCCUCCGCGGCCUGUCAGGGCGCAAGCACAUGGGUCUCCUUCGUCAGGCCCAGCGGCAACAUCACCACCGCCGAGCGCCAGCUCUCCGCCAGCGGCGGCACCGUCUACAUCGGCAACAUCAAGUACUCGGGCCGCGUGGAGCCGCUGAUCCUGAACUAUCCUGGCGGUAAGCCCGGCGGUGGGGAGGGCGGUUUGACGUUUACGAAUUACUUUAGUAGUGCUACGGGGUGGCGGAAUGGUUAUGUGUUUCCCAAUAGGUCGGAGCCAAUCGGGUUCACGGCGCCGCACUCGGCGUAUGUGCCCUAUGGUGCAGACACGGGCAAGUUUUCGGUUGGGCGCGAUGAUAGGCUACUACGAUACAAUGGUUUGGACCGCUGGUAUUUGUGUCCCACGACCGACUACAACAAUACGUAUAAGCUACAUUUCGUAGGCGUAUAUGUGAAUGUGCCGGAGGGGUGUGUGAGGACGGAUAUUCCGGUGGUGGGGUAUGGUUAUAGCGAUUGGAAGGCGGAGGAUUUGUAUUAG